AUGGGUGCUAUCUGCUUCAAGGACAAACUUUUUGUCUUGUUAGUCAUCUCGGCCUUGGCUUGCUUGAAACCGUUGAGUGCAUGGGAGAUCCACAUCAAGAAUGGAUUGAGCAACGGACAAGCUCUAUUCGUGCAUUGCAAGUCGAAAGACACCGACUUGGGCGAGCAAACCCUUAGCACUGGUGCCGAGUUCAAGUGGAAGUUCAAAGUGAACAUUUGGAGAACGACAUUGUUCUGGUGCUACUUACGUAAGCCGAACGGGCAUGAAAUGACGUUUGACGCUUUCUGGGUCGAGAAGAAGACCGAGUGGCUGCGUGUCAAAUGUGAUGAUCAAAUUUGCAAUUGGACGGCGGAAGACAACGGAAUUUACCUCAAAGAUAAUAGUUCAAAUCAGGAUGAGUUCAUUCAUUUUUGGAAAUUUCCAGCAACUAAGUAG